AGUAGCAGAGACCGAGGCUGCCCUCGCGCACGCGCGUCACCCGUUUCCGCCUGGACGGGGCGCGCGCGGCCUUAGAGGCAGCUGCUGUUCAGAGGCCUUUCCGGCCGCCACAGCCCCUCCGGGGCGGGACCGGCCAGUGGCCGGGUGGCCCCCCAGGGACACAGCUCUAGGGGGGGCGGCGACAUGGAGGCCAUAACCAGUGAGCUGCGUUCUCUACGGGAGGAGAUUUCCCUGUUAGAGCAUGAGAAAGAAAGCGAACUUAAGGAAAUAGAACGGGAAUUGCAUUUGGCCCAGGCUGAGAUCCAGAGUCUGCGGCAAGCAGCAGAGGAUUCUGCAACUGAACAUGAGAGUGACAUAGCAUCCCUGCAGGAGGAUCUCUGCCGGAUGCAGAAUGAACUUGAAGACAUGGAACGCAUUCGGGGAGAUUAUGAGAUGGAGAUUGCCUCCCUCCGUGCAGAAAUGGAAAUGAAGAGCUCUGAACCAUCCAGUAGUUUAGGUCUCUCAGAUUACUCUGGGUUGCAAGAAGAACUGCAGGAGCUGCGGGAACGCUACCAUUUCCUGAAUGAGGAAUACCGGGCCCUGCAGGAGAGCAACAGCAGCCUCACGGGGCAGCUUGCAGAUCUGGAGAGUGAGAGGACACAGAGAGCAACAGAGAGAUGGCUGCAGUCCCAAACACUGAGUAUGACGUCAGCAGAGUCUCAGACUUCAGAAAUGGAUUUCUUAGAGCCUGAUCCUGAAAUGCAGUUGUUACGGCAGCAGCUACGGGAUGCUGAAGAGCAGAUGCAUGGCAUGAAGAACAAGUGUCAGGAAUUGUGUUGUGAGUUGGAAGAGCUACAGCAUCAUCGCCAGGUCAGUGAGGAGGAGCAGAGGCGGCUGCAGAGGGAACUCAAGUGUGCUCAGAAUGAGGUGCUUCGGUUUCAGACCUCCCACAGUGUCACCCAGAACGAGGAGCUGAAAUCCAGACUCUGUACCCUGCAGAAAAAAUAUGAUACUAGCCAGGAUGAGCAGAACGAGCUCUUGAAGAUGCAGCUGCAACUUCAGACUGAGCUCCGGCAGCUCAAAGUCAUGAAAUCUACACUUGUAGAAAACCAGAGUGAGAAGGAGUUACUGUGCCGGCUGCAGAAGCUGCAGCUCCAGCACCAGAACGUCACAUGUGAGAAGGAAAAGCUGCUGGAACGGCAGCAGCAGCUGCAGGAGGAGCUGCAGUGCCAUGAGGCAGAGCUGCAGCACCUCAGGGAUACGGUGGCCUCCUUCAAAGAGAGCAGUGAGAAGGACACAGAGACGCACACUCAGCUUCAGGAGAUGAAGCACCUGUACCAGGCCAGCAAGGAUGAGCUGGAGCGGCAGAAGCACAUGUAUGACCAGCUGGAGCAGGACCUCCUGCUCUGCCAGCUGGAGCUGAAAGAGCUCAAGGCCUCCCAGCCCAUUCUGGAGGACAAAGGAAAGUGUGCUAAUAAGUGUGACACACUGCUGUCCAGACUGACAGAAUUGCAGGAAAAGUACAAGGCCAGCCAGAAGGAGAUGGGGCAGCUGCAGAUGGAGCAGUGUGAGCUCCUGGAGGAUCAGAGGAGGAUGCAGGAGGAGCAGGGCCAGCUGCAGGAAGAGCUGCACAGGCUCACACUGCCACUGCCCAAGAGUGGCCUCUUACUCAAGAGUCAGGAGCUACUCACCAAAUUAGAAGACCUGUGUGAGCUGCAGCUGCUCUACCAAGGCAUGCAGGAGGAACAGAAGAAGCUGAUACAGAACCAAGACUGUGUAUUAAAAGAACAAUUAGAGAUCCACGAAGAGCUGCGACAUUUCAAAGAGUCUCAUUUCCAGGAAGUGUUGGAGAAUCCUGAUGAUUCCAAAUUGGCUAAGUCCUCAAAAUGUAAUCGAAACAAGCAAUCCAAGCUGCUCAUGGAGCAGAUGCAGGCCCUGCAGGUGCUGUAUGAAGCCGGUCAGGCGGAGCAGGAGCUCUUGCAGCAAGAGCAAGGGAGGCUCCUAGAGGAGCGGAAGAGGCUGCAGGCAGACUUGCAGCUCUGCCUGGAAGAAAUGCAGCUGCUUCAAAUCCAGUCCCCUUCUAUAAAAAUGAGCCUUGAGUCCUACGGGAAGAGCUAUGGUAGCAUGGUCCCCAGCAAUGAGAACUGUCGCAAGACUUAUGAUACCACUGUGGAUGACAAUGAGAGCUAUUACAAGAGUUACACCAGCACCCAGACCAGCAGCGAGAGCUUUCUCAAGAGCUAUGACAGCAGCACCAGUGCCAGUGAGGCCUAUGGGAAGAGUUACUGCACCACCAGCAACAGCAGCAUUACCUAUAAGAAGAGUUAUGGCAGCACCAGUAGCUCUGACACCUGCCAGAAGAGUUUUGUCAGCAGCUGCACUGACGAGGAACCUGCUGAGCCUGAAGACAUGGAGCACUUUGAGGAAAUGGUUGCGAAGGUGCUGAUCAAGCUGCAGGCGGUGCAGGCCAUGUACCAGAUAAGCCAGGAGGAACACAGCCAGCUGCAAGAGCAGAUGGAAAAAUUACUGGCCAAGCAGAAAGACUUGAAGGAAGAGCUGGAUGCCUGUGAAAGGGAGUUCAAGGAGUGCAUGGAAUGCCUUGAAAAGCCCUUGGCCCCCCAGAGCGACAAGAAUGAGAUCAAAGAACUGCAGACCAAGCUGCGGGAGCUGCAGCUGCAAUACCAGGCUAGCAUGGAUGAGCAGGGGCGGCUUCUGGUAGUGCAGGAGCAGCUGGAGGGGCAGCUACAGUGCUGCCAGGAGGAGCUCCGCCAGCUCAGGGAGAAGAGGCCCUCUGUUGUCAAAGAAGCCCGGGGGAAGAAUGCUAAUAAGAACGUGAACAAGAACGCCAAUGGGGUUAAAAUGAAAAAGGUGACCAAACCACGCUCGGAUACUUCUGAGAGCGACCUUGAGACCGGAAAGAAGAUCAGGAAGAAAAUGAAGAGGACAAAGAGGAAGAGGAGAAGGAAGAAGACAGUGAAGAGGAGGAAGAUGACGUUGACCCUUCCCUUGAAAGUGCCGAAGAAAACAACCCCCUCAGACUUUCCGAGAGCAAAAAGAAGUCUUAAGGCACUACGGGUGAAACCCAAAGAAUUCAGCCACAGCCUUCCACCACCUCAGACCCAGCCUGGCCUAAUCAGAGGGAGAGGAAGAACUGCUGGUGAAGGGUUCUCCUGGUGGGGCCUGUUAUCCCCAGAGCUCCAGGAGGCCCCAACAUGCACCUGUGCAGCCAGGACCUGAGGGAGCACAGUGUGGUAGAAAGCGUGGCUGCCAGGCGGUCAGAAGAACUUGGUUGAGUCUGUCUCUACUGACAGGCGUUGUCCCAGGGAGCAAAAUGUACACUCUGAGCUCUAGUUUCUUCAAAUGUAAGCAAAGGAUGAUCAAACCUCUGCCCUCCUCACAGGUUUUUGUCAGGACUAGAGGGGUUGAAGUAGAUGAAAGUAUUCUAUAAACUAUAAAAUACCCCAUCAUUAAUAAAAAGAGCAUGCACUUAACAAAAUGCAGUCUAUGUGUCAGGUACUGUUCUAAUCACUUACAUAUAUUAACUGACUUAAUCCUUGCAACAACCCUGUGAAGAAGCUACUCCUAUUUUUUUAAAUAUAUGAUUAAACUAAGGCAUAGAGAAGUUAAGUAAAACAGCCAGGAAGCUGCAAAUCAGAUUAUAAGGACUCAAUAUUAGCAACAGAUAAGAUUCCAGUCUUGCUUCCCCUUAUUGUCUUUCCUCAUUUUGAGCGGUUUCUCUUCAUUGGUCCCAAGUAGGAAGACACCAUACUUGGAUUUAGGCAACCUCAGAUCACAUUAGCUCUUUAGGUAACUAAUAUAUUAUUUAUUUAUUUCAUGUAUUUUUUAUAAGCCCCUCUGCAGAUUGUGUAUGCUAAGCGUCCUCUCCCCAUUCUGUACCUGCAUUUGAUUUUGAGGCUUCAAAGGCAGAAUUUUCCAUUCUUCCCUAUUAUAGUUCAUUGUUCUUACCUUAUAAGGUUUUGUGUGUAUGUGUUUUUAAUCUUGACCCUGUGGUUUUAAAAUAUUCACUUCCUCUGCCACCUUCACAUCAUCUACAGGGGUGGCAAGCCCUCCUUCCCUGUCUUCAUCUACAGAGGACAGAGUGAGGACAGAGCCUCUAGAGUGUCGUCGCUUGGGGUUCUUUUAUUCAGCUCAUUGGUCACUUACCUGCCAUUCAACAAACUGUACUGUCAUCCUACCCUUAUUUCUGCAUAUUAUCUGCAAAGAUCAUAGAAAAUUCUGUCAAACAACUCAAUGUCCAAAAACAUGAUUCCGGUGAUUUGUCACUUAGGUCACCUAGUUUAAAAGGAGACUUUGACACGACUUACCCCUUUGGGACACCCACACCAGCCCUUUCCCCAUCCCAUGUAGAAGCUUGCCUUUGCCCAGUGUGAGGUGCACGGGUCACAUUUAAGGAUUUCAGCUCCUCCCUUCUUUAAGAACACCAGACUAACAUUCUUAGCAAUGCACAUUAGGAUAGAAGCAUCUGAGCAUGUUAAUAUUUUUUUCUAGCUAGCUCCCUUCUUAGUUUUUGUUUUUGGUUUUAGAGACAGGGUCUCACUCUGUCACCGAGGCUAGAGUGCAGCAGCAUGAUCAUGGCUCACUGUAACUUUGAACUCCUGGUCUCAAGCGAUCCUCCUCCCUCAGCCUCCGGAUCUCUUGGUUUUCUUACAUGAGUUACUCUGUAUAUCCACCUGUAACAUUGCUUGGCUUUCCAUUUCAUACCUUCUGUUGUUCUUAGUAGCUAUUUCUAUAAGCUCAGGAGAUUUUCUUUGCUCUUAGCAGGCUUAAAGUCCUCUUUUUAGAUCAAUUAUCAUCUGAGAAAAUGUGUUCUUAGCAUUAAUGGGCUAUAUUCCAUUUUUACUUGAAACCAUCCUUCUGUUACCUAUGCCAUAGCUUAUGACUCAAAAUCCAAAUUCUACCUUUCAGGUAGUAGAGCAAAAAAGUAAUAAAAAUAAAACCUAUUUCCCCAAGUAUGUAUUUUCUUGUCUGAGAUUUUCAUAUUACCUAAUGGAUGCUUUUUGGAUAUCUUCGAUGGUGCCACUUGUCCCAUGAAUCAGCAGGGUUCCCUAGUGGCCAGCAGUGUCUGGAAGCCUCAGCAUACUCUAGCACAUGCACCAGGAAGUCAGUCAACAUACCUGGUGAUUAGGAGUGUUUUAAUGACCCAGGCCCAGUGACAGGUUUCCUUAAAUUUCCUUGAACCAAUGUUAUUCUCUGUCAAAGUUUGUCUGCCUAAGAACCUCCUACUUACCUGCACUCCAUGGUGCACUUUCUUCAUUUCCCCUCAGCCUUAUUCCCCCUUCCCCAUCCUCUUGACUCUGAGUUCACUUCACUGCAGUGAAACUAAUGAGGUGCUGCUGCUUUUCCCAAAGCCCCAGAUUUCCCCUCCUCUUUCUUGCCAUGGCAUCCAGUCCUUUCUCAUUGCAACCACUUGGAAGUCUGGCCCCUGAGCCUGCUUCUUCACAUGGGAGCUAGUAUUCUCAGCCCAUGGGGAGAAAUGGAGGCCUGAAUACAGGUGGUCACCUAAGAUGGUGUGUACAGUCUUGGGCCACAUGUCUAGUGGUGCCAGGACUGAGAGAUCACUUACCUCCACCGGUUACCCAGGAGGUAAGAGAGACUGAUCCACAAUGUUCCUGAGGUGUCUUGGGCACCCAUAGGCAGGUGACUUCUGGCUUAGGGCAGGGUUCAGGAGGCUGGGCACUCACAGUUUCUCUUUGGUCC